AGUUAAAAAGGUGCAUGCUUGGAGGGAUACAUGUAGAUGCUGAUCUUAUGAUGAACCUGCUGUACUUCUUUUCUAGCUCGUUGGAAUUCUGGGUUUAGAAAGUGUUUUGGAUGAACCUUGUGCUGUGUACACUGUGCUGCUAGUGUGCAUUGAUGAUGAAGGGAAUGACUGCUAAAGGGGUUGGAUGGAUUGGCAAUCAUAUUUUGUCUUGGAUGGUGUCAAGCUUCUUAAGUUUUGUUGAAGCUGCACUUACCAGGACGAGCAGAAGGUAGGCACUGGGGAGACAGGAAGUGCUUUACUUGCCAGCAAAAAUCUGAGCUUCCGACUUACUUUUGCAGCCAUUAUAUAUAUGGCUGGUCCACACAGUUUCUAGUCAGUAAUCAUCCCCAGGAUGCUGCUACAUUUGUAGAUACGGUAUUCAUAAUAAGGGUUUUCAGUGCAAAGGUGUGCCUGGGUCCGCUGAUACAAUUUCACUCUAGCGACGGCUUUACAUAAAAUGUGUAUCCCAGAUUUAUUACUGAGCCUUUCAGACCUCUGCCUAUACCUUCCAGCAGCAAAGUGGAUAAUGACACCAGACUUUGAAUCCUCAGUGGCAGUUACCCAGCAUUCUUAGCGGGGCGGUAAAUCCCCAAACAAUAGUGCGCAGGCGUGAUGUCAUGCCAUGUAUGGAGCAUGCGCGGAGAUUGUGGAGGUGACGGGCGGAGUUUUCUUCCUCGGAUCCGCAAACGGUAAGAAUGAAGCGGCCCUGAAGGAGCGAUGGAUCCGGUUGAUGAACGGGAAGGCUUCAUAAAUAUGUUUUGGAAUCACAGAAGCACAUUUAUUAUCAAGAAUUCCAAACAAACAUUCUUUCAAGAUCUGUGAGUGAGUCAAUUCAUCAGAACUUGAUAACCAUUGGAUUUUCAACAUUUGUCUGUUCUGCUUGUGGGAAAAGAUUUCAAACAUCGGUGUGACUGGAAAUAUACCAAGACACAUACGUCCAAGCGAAUGUUCCAGUGAACUGACCGUGGAAAGAGCUGUAACUAGUUACACAGACUGAGUGAGCGUGUUCUAGCGAACUGACCGUGGACAGAUCUUGAACCAGUUGCAUAGUCUGAAUACCUUCACAGUAUUCAUAGUGGGGAGAAACUGUAUCCCUGUCCUGUGUAUGCGUGAGGAGUCAGCGGAUAAAUCAAUAUGGAGAGGCAUGAGCACACCUGUACCAUAGAGAAACCCUGGAAAUGUGCAGAUUGUGGGAAGGGAUUCAAAUACCCAUCCCUGCUGGAAACCCAUCAACGCAGUCACACUGGGGAGAGGCCGUACACCUGCUCUGUUUGCAGGAAGGGAUUCACUCUGUCAUCUGACCUUCUGAAACAUGAACGCACUCACACUGGGGAAAGACCAUUCAUCUGCCCUGAGUGUGGGAAGGGAUUCAGUGACUCAUCCAACCUGCUGAAACACCAGCAAAUUCACACUGGGGAGAGGCCAUUCAUCUGCUCUGAAUGUGGGAAAGGAUUCACUCUGUCAUCUGACCUUCUGAAACACGAACGCAUUCACACUGGGGAGAGGCCAUUCAUCUGCCCCGAGUGUGGGAAGGGAUUCAGUGACUCAUCUAAUCUGUGGAGACACCAGCGCGUUCACACUGGGGAGAGGCCAUUCAUCUGCUCUGAAUGUGGGAAAGGAUUCACUCGGUCACCCCACCUGCUGAAGCACCAGCGAGUUCACACUCGAGAGAGACCAUUCAUCUGCCUAGAGUGUGGGAAGGGAUUCAGUGAUUCAUCCUACCUGCUGACACACCAGCGAGUUCACACUGGGGAGAAACCAUUCCCCUGCUCUGAGUGUGGGAAGGCAUUCUCUCAGUUAUCCAACCUCAGGGCACACCAACUCGUUCACACUGAUGAGAAACCUUUCAAAUGUUCGCUCUGUGAGAAAAGCUAUAAACGCAGACGUGAAGUGCUGACACAUCAACGCAUUCACACUGGGGAGAGGCCAUUUCCCUGCCCUGAGUGUGGUAAACGAUUUGUACAUUCAAAAAAUCUUCUGAAACACCAACGAAUGCACGCUGGACAGAAACCAUGGAAAUGUGGGGACUGUGGGAAGGGAUUCAAAUACCCAUCCCGGCUGGAAACUCAUCGACGCAGUCACACUGGGGAGAAACUGUGGAAAUGCGAGGACUGUGGAAAGGGAUUCAAUUACCCAUCUCGGCUAGAAUCUCAUCGACACAGCCAUACUGGAGAGAAGCUGUUCACCUGCACUGUGUGUGGGAAGGGAUUCAGUCAGUCAGCCAAUCUGCUAAAACACCAGCUUAUUCACACUGAGGAGAGGCCUUUCUGCUGCAGAGACUGUGGAAGGAGGUUCAGGCAGUCAUCCAACCUCACUACACACCAACGGGUUCACACUAAGGAGAGACCAUUCAUCUGCUCCGUGUGUGGGAAGGGAUUCAUUCAGUCAGCUACCCUGCUGACACACCAGCGUAUUCAUUCUGAUGAGAGGCCAUUCAGCUGCAGUUACUGUGGGAAGAGGUUCAGGAAUUCAGGCCACCUCACUGUACACCACCGAACUCACACUGGGGAGAAGCCAUUUAUCUGCUCCCAGUGUGGCAAGGGAUUCACUGAUUCAUCUGCCCUGCUGACACACCAGCGAAUUCACACCGGACAGAGGCCAUUCACUUGCACUGAGUGCGGGAAAGGGUUUGCUCAUUCAUCGAAUCUAGUGGUACAUCAGCGAGUUCACACUGGGGAGAGGCCGAUCACCUGCACUGAGUGUGGAGAGGGAUUCACUCAGUCAUCCCAACUGCUCAGACACAAGCAAGAUCACAAGUGACUGCAGGGAAUGGAUUCUGUUCUGAACCAUAAUGAGGACUGAGCCCCUUACAUCCUGACAGUUUGGAUUUCUUUCUGCUGCUGUUAAUAAUUCUUGUAUCUGGAUAGGAGUUUAACAUUUUGCAUCGAUGGCUGAUUUUAUUCUUGUGACUACAAUGUCCUUUUAAGAACCACUGUAUAUGAUCUUUCUCCGUAAUUCAGGAACAACAGUACUCUGAACUCAAUCCUAAAUUUUAAUUUGCUACAAAUUCUACAUUCAGUGUCUGAAAGGUUCCACUGAUUGAUGUCUCCAAUGAGAAAGUGCUGAUGCAUUCUUGCUCACAAUUCUCAGUGACCUGUGCAUUCCCACAGAGCAGGAAGAAAGGGAAUGGGAAUUGGUGGAGAAUCAAGAAUCUCCAAAUAUUACCCCUCUGUCUGGUACAGAAAUCCCCUCAGCACAGGAAUGGAGAUAAAUCCAAUCCGAGUAACGGGAUGGAGCGAAUCAUUGUAUAAUAACCUUGCAAAACUUUCAGAAAUGUUUUGAAUUUUAUAGAAAUAGCCCCCACUCAGUUUCUUUAAUGAAGGAUGCUUCCAUCAGCCUAUUAGCUGACAGGCCAUAUCUCCAACACAAACCCUGAAGCAAGGCAUUUCUAACCCUGAUGUUUGCGAAUGGCUCAGGAAAUUCAGCUGUCUGUGCAAAGGUGCAAACUGGUCUCCAGGUGAAAAGAAUCCCUCUCGACAGGAAAACAAUUUUGAUGUGAUCCAGGCUGGCUCCAGCCCAAACCCCACCCUCUAGCUCACAUGAGGAAACUUGAUCAGAGAACACUACUACCAGAUAUAGAGACCAGCAGCCACUGCACCUCAUUGAUUUGUCCUUUGGAAUUGCAUUACUUUUUGAUGGGCUCAGUCUUGGCAGGAGUGGCAGCAGAGACAGGAGGCAUCAGCAGUGGGUAAGGCCCAGAGCAAGAUUCAUCUCGGACACGGCUAACAGCGGACCUCGAGUCACCAGUCGUAACUCUUUGCAUUCUUCAUGUAUUUCGG